GGCUCGCAGCGCCCCGCAGCUAGGGACGGCAAAAGUAAAUCCCGGCUGCGCUAAACUCCGCCAGAGCCGCUCCCGGAGCCCCGCUCUGCCUCUCGCCCCGGCUGCCCGGGACGUUAUUCCCCAGGAAGGCAGGAAGAGCUGCCCAGAAGAAGCGGAGCCCGACCGAAGAUGUUAGAGGAGGAGAAGGGGGGUGGCUUUUUGCCGGCUGUGUGCCUCCGUGCCUGUCAUUCCCUUGUCUUAAUCCUCUAGGAAGGAGUCGCCAGGCAGACAGAGCGUUCCUGGAGGGGCCACGCUGCCGAGCCCUGCCCCGGGCAGAAGGAAGCCGGGAGAUGCGCGGCCCGGGGCGGGCAGCGGGAGAGCGUGAGGAGCUGCCUCCGCUUUUCCCUUUCCGAGAGGGAAAAAGCAUGAUAAGAGCUGGACUCGAUCCCUGGAGCGCUGCCCCGCUGAGCAGGAGGUGGGAUUAUUCCGGAGUAGUUAUGGAGAGCUAUAACCUGGCAGCGGAGUGUUGAAGCGACUUGUUCCUGCUGGAAGAGGAACCCACUGCGGGCAUCGCCGGCUCGGUGGCCGAGGGAAGGUCACUCGGGUCCUUCUCCUCCUCUCGCCUCUUUCUUCAUCCGGCUAACGACCGAGGGAAAAACUGGUAAUCGGCUCUUGCCAGCGUUGGGAAUACCGUGCCUUUUGCCUGGGAUGAUUUGCCCUGAUGUGCCGCCUCAACGGGAUGUACAAAGUGCGACUGGGACUGAUGCGGCCAACAAAGUUUGCAGAGUGAUCAGCAGGGGCCGUGGGAUGGAGGGAGCUGGGCACGCACCAGCAGGGUCCGUCACGCACGGUCCGACGCCACAGACCUGCUGCUCCCUCGAAAACUAACUCCUGGUGGUCCAACUCUUACUUCUGCUCUGCCGAUUUACACUUUCAGGGAAAAAAAGAAAAGGCCCACAUACACGAUGCAAUGCAGUGUUCCUGUGUUGGUUUUGUAUAUAAGUUUUGCUAUGCAAUUCCAAAAGUAAAACAGGAGGAGAGACGGCCCUGCGUCCCAGAGCAAACAGGGAAUCAGAGGUGAAAGGAGAAACUAUGACUUGGAACGAGACCACUAUGGACGGGGAAGGGUUGCUGGUGGAAAGGGACUCCUCUUCCUUUCGGAUCCUCACGGGCUGCUUCCUCUCACUCCUGAUCCUCUCCACGCUGCUGGGAAACACGCUGGUCUGCGCAGCUGUCAUUAGGUUUCGCCACCUCAGGUCCAAGGUGACCAACUUCUUUGUCAUCUCCUUGGCUGUGUCAGAUCUCUUAGUGGCAGUUUUGGUCAUGCCUUGGAAAGCUGUGGCUGAGAUCGCCGGUUUCUGGCCUUUUGGUUCAUUUUGCAACAUUUGGGUGGCCUUUGAUAUUAUGUGCUCAACAGCCUCCAUCUUAAACCUCUGUGUCAUUAGUGUGGACAGGUACUGGGCCAUCUCCAGCCCGUUUAGGUACGAGAGGAAAAUGACCCCCAAGGCUGCCUUCAUCAUGAUCAGCGUGGCGUGGACUUUGUCCGUGUUGAUCUCCUUCAUCCCGGUGCAGCUGAACUGGCACAAGGCUACAACCACGAGCUUUUUGGACUUCAAUGCCAGCUUACAAGGUGUAAGCAUGGACAACUGUGAUUCUAGCCUAAACAGGAUGUAUGCCAUCUCCUCUUCUCUAAUUAGCUUCUACAUCCCCGUGGCCAUCAUGAUAGUGACCUACACCAGGAUAUACCGGAUUGCUCAGAAGCAAAUCCGGCGCAUCUCGGCUCUGGAGAGAGCAGCAGUGCACGCCAAGAACUGCCAGAACCCGGGGGGCAACAGGAGCAGCAUGGACUGCCAGCAGCCAGAGAGCAACUUCAAGAUGUCCUUCAAGAGGGAAACAAAGGUGUUAAAGACUCUCUCGGUGAUCAUGGGGGUGUUUGUGUGCUGCUGGUUGCCAUUUUUUGUGUUGAACUGCAUGAUCCCCUUCUGCGAGCCCGCCCAGCCGUCCAAGGGAGCAGAGGCUUUCUGCAUUAAUUCCACCACCUUUGAUGUUUUUAUAUGGUUCGGAUGGGCGAAUUCUUCCCUCAACCCCAUCAUUUAUGCCUUCAACGCUGAUUUCCGCAAGGCAUUCUCCACCCUGCUGGGCUGCUACAGGCUCUGCCCCAUGGCUGGCAACGCCAUCGAGACUGUCAGCAUUAACAACAACGGGGCAGUGGUUUUUUCCAGCCAGCACGAGCCCAAAGGGUCCAGCCCCAAAGAGUCUAAUCUGGUUUAUCUGAUUCCACACUCAAUUAUGUGCCCGGAAGAAGAACCUCUUAAAAAGGAAGACGAGGGUGAACUGUCAAAGACCUUGGAGAAAAUGUCUCCAGCACUGUCGGGUAUCUUGGAUUAUGAAGCUGAUGUUUCUUUGGAAAAGAUCAAUCCCAUCACACAGAAUGGGCAGCAUAAGACCUGAACAGCAAGGUUUACUCAGCAAGACCUAAUGGUGUAUAUUGUAAUAAUCUUUUUUUGGAAAAAAAAAAAAGAUGUACAAGAUUUUUUUUGCUAAGAACUUAAGCUCUAAGGGAGAAAAAUGCAGGUUUACACCAAGCCCAGAAUUAAUUUCCCUGGCAUUCAGAGCAAAUUUAACAUUUCAAACAGAAAAAGAUACUGGAAAUUGGUUAUAAAAAAAGGGUAUUAAACUGUACUGUUCAUACUGAGGAAAAUCUACAAAUUUAGAUACAGUGCAGUUACAAAGAAAAUGUUGCUUCUUCUCUGUACAGAGAAACCAAUUUCUAGCUAAAAGUGAGGCAAAAGAUAAAUGUUGAGUAUUUAAAGAUUAAUGUUUACUAGAAGUUAAAAGAUUGCUGUGUCUUGUGAUAGUGGGUGUUAACAGGUCCUAAUUAAAGACUGAGGGAUUGUAAAGGUAGGUAGAUGCCUUCUUAAAAUUAUUUCUGACAAAUAAUUGAGCCUUAUAAUGAGAAUGGUUAUUUUUAAAGCUUUGGGAGGUAAUAUGUUGAUACUGGUUUUAUUUAUUUAUUGUUUUAAAUUGAUAUUUUUCAUAUGUUAUAACAGAUCUAGCUUUAUUUAUGUUAUUUAAGAUGUUUAAAUAAUGGGAUAUUUUUGGAGUGUCAUAACUGCAUUUUGACCAGUCAACCAGUCAGCACUUUAUUACAAGCUCUGAUAGUCUGAAGAGCUGGUGAGGGGAAGGAGGAAUGUUAAGAAGCUCAGCAAGAAAUGAAGGAAUUGACAGAACUGAUGCUGUGUGGAGUUUGCUUGCUUGUGGGCUUUUUUUUAUUAUUUUUAAGUGGGAUUUCUUUCAAAAGAUAGGACCAGAGUUGACUGAGUUGCAGAAUUCUCUUCCCUUAUAGAAAUAAAAGAAAUUGCUGCUAUUUAUUUUUUAAAAAGUUUCAUGUUACAGAGACUGCUAGAAUGUCAAGUUUGUGGAUCUGUAAAUACCUUAAAUAUGACUACAACCUUAAGAGGAAUCCGAUUUGGGAAGGAAAGCUUCUUAGAUAACAAUUCUUAGUACAUAGUGUUUUGUAUUUAUGUAAGAUAAACAGCUUUCUCAGACUUUUCUUAUUUCGAGUCUUGGAUAUCUUUUCUGAAGAAACACACUGGGUUAUAAUGGUAGGAAGGUCCUUGUUAUCCUGCAGGACCACCUGGACCCUGCUGUCUGUCUGCUCCUCUGUCACAGUCAGAAUUAAACCUGAGGUCCCUGGUGCUUUACUCUGCGAGGACAUUGCAGUUCAGUGAUUGCCAUGUCAAUACUCCAAUCGAUAAGGAAUAGUGGCCUCAUUACUAUUUUGGAUUAAAACAUUUCUAAAUACGGGUGGAACUGCAGCCUCCAUCUCGAAAUCCUCCUGUGAACUCCAAAGAAGUUGCCAAUGUUUAAUUAAAAAAAAAAAAUCCUGCUACUUUUCCACCGUCCUUCCCUGCUGCUUUCCCUCUGUAAUGCCAAAAGCAACCAGUGAGCAUUAGCAACAGGAACACUGGGUGUUAAUAUUCAGCAGCAUUCAAAGAAAUCCAUUUCUUUUCUGAAUGGGAGAAAAUACCCUUUGGAGCAACUUUUUCGUAACAUAUAUCAAAAAAAAAAAAAA